CUAGGGAAGCCGAGGGUGGGGACACUCUGGCCCGGCUCUCGGUGGUGCGGGAGCAGCGGCCGCUCUGGUCGGCGGACGUGCUGCUGAGCAGUCCCGGAAGCGAAGCAGCGAUGGCGGAGAGUCCGACUGAGGAGGCGGCGACGGCGACGGCUGGCGCCGGGGCGGCUGGCCCAGGGGCGAGUGGUGUUGCCGGUGUGGUCGGUGUUAGCGGGAGCGGCGGCGGGUUCGGGCCGCCUUUCCUGCCGGAUGUGUGGGCGGCGGCGGCGGCGGCGGGCGGGGCCGGGGGACCGGGGAGCGGCCUGGCUCCGCUGCCAGGACUCCCGCCCUCGGCCGCUGCCCACGGGGCCGCGCUGCUUAGCCAUUGGGACCCCACGCUCAGCUCGGACUGGGACGGCGAGCGAACCGCGCCACAGUGUCUACUUCGGAUUAAGCGGGAUAUCAUGUCCAUUUAUAAGGAGCCUCCUCCAGGAAUGUUCGUUGUGCCCGACACUGUUGACAUGACUAAGAUUCAUGCAUUGAUCACAGGCCCAUUUGACACUCCUUAUGAAGGGGGUUUCUUCCUGUUCGUCUUUCGGUGUCCACCCGACUAUCCCAUCCACCCACCUCGGGUCAAACUGAUGACAACGGGCAAUAACACAGUGAGGUUCAACCCCAACUUCUACCGCAAUGGGAAAGUCUGCUUGAGUAUUCUAGGUACGUGGACUGGCCCUGCCUGGAGCCCAGCCCAGAGCAUCUCUUCUGUGCUUAUCUCCAUCCAGUCCCUGAUGACUGAGAAUCCCUACCACAACGAACCAGGCUUUGAACAGGAAAGACAUCCAGGAGACAGCAAAAACUAUAAUGAAUGUAUCCGGCAUGAGACCAUCAGGGUUGCAGUUUGUGACAUGAUGGAGGGCAAGUGCCCCUGCCCUGAACCCCUACGGAGCCAGAGACUUAAAUCUUAUAUCCCCUGGUGGAUUUUUUGUUUGUUUCUUCCACAGGACCCUUUUGGAGAGAAGCGGGGCCACUUUGACUACCAGUCCCUCUUGAUGCGCCUCGGACUGAUUCGACAGAAAGUGCUGGAAAGGCUCCAUAAUGAAAAUGCUGAAAUGGACUCUGAUAGCAGCUCCUCUGGGACAGAGACAGACCUGCACGGGAGCCUGAGGGUCUAGACCCUGCUCCCCUGCCCCUCCCCCAACUCGAGAGUCCCAGCAGAGCCCCUCCCCUCGCCCCAGGGACGGAGAGGCACUGUGCAUCUCCCUUCAAAGGUGUCCGCAAGGUGGCAAGAAGCAAGCAAGCUCAACCCCAGGGGGUGGGGGUGGGGCUGGUCCCAGUCUGACCUCUUUGGUGCUGGAGCACCUAGGGCAACAGUCAAUCCUGGAUCAGGGCCAGGGUACUUUUGUGAAAGUACCUGGAGUGAUGGCCUUUGGCAAAGCUAAACAACCAACACACCUCUCUGCAGGGCCAGCUAAUUAGGGAUAGGAGAAGACAGAAAAUGAGAACCCAAGAGGGAGCAUGCCCAAGUGGUUUAUAGGGAUAUCUGGGAGUUUGGGUGGGGGUGCUGUCCAUGACACUUAAGCAGUCUGGUUGGUUAUCUGUUUGUCUUCAGUCUUGAAGCAGGGCUUCCCAACACCCUUUUCUUCCCCUCCCCUAUUUCCCAUGGGCCAGCAUAACUUUGUUUUUCCUAAUUUAUAUAGUCACUGUUCUAGACAGACCAAAGACAAGGAACAGUGGUGGAGUCUGGGCUGCUGAUCAGUAAGCUUUACCUAGCACCUGAGCACCUUCUCCCUCACACCAUUUCCUCCGAAUUUUAGGUUACAGGUAGAAGGUAAGUCAGCUGGAACUGAGCCCAGGUCUCUGUGAAGCCUGCAUGGGCGUCAGGAAGCUGCUCACUGUGUCCCCACAAUCACUGAUUUGAAAGGUUCCCAGCACAGGCAGCUUGCAGCCUGUGUGGGAUUUGAGCCACUACAUAAAAUAGUCUCUUACAGAUUGUCCUGAAUAGUAGUCAAUGAGGGUGGUUUUCUUGGGGUGGAGCACGGUAAGACUAAUGCUAGUCCCUAUUUUGUUUAGCUGUUAUGUCUGUAGUCCCUGUCCUCCCUUCUGCCCUACCCCCAUCCCUGGGGAUUUGUGAGCAUGGACAGCCAAUGGCUCGAGGGGAUUGUGGCUGGGACUCUAGAGACUCCUCCCUUUAUCUUUCCCUCUUUGUCACUGGAGCUGUUCCUUUCCUUGAAUUUAGCUACAGUGACCCUUCAGCUGGUUGAAUAAGAAUAUAUUUUCAGUGGCUCUGGGUUAGAGGAACCUAUCCCUCCCAGUUUGAUACAGUUCACACUUUUCAGGGUUGCUGUUCUGGCUUCCAAUGGAUGGUUAGUGAUCCACAUGAUGCAGGCAUUCUGGUCAGUGUCCAGCCCUGAGAAAUGGAGAGAGCCACCUGCCCUGCCCGCUGCUAUAAAGGUCUCUGACUUGUGGAUCAUGGGACUCCCUUGCAGAGAUAGGGAGAAGAUAGGGCACAAAGAGGGACCUCUUGGGAGGGCAGAAAGCAGAGAACUGGACAGGGACCGGUCACUUGGGGAGCAGUUUUGUUUUGGCUACAUGGAGGCUGGGUCAUGUGGAGGUUUGAAAGGAGACCCUGCUUCCAAUUUCCCUCUUCCAUUCCCAGAGCUAGUCCAGGGCUGAGGAUGCCUUUGGUCUGUGGGUCCAGUGUUGUCUGUCAUCCAUUAAGUGUUCCCACUUUCAAGUGACAAUCUUCUCCUUGGCCCUGCCAUGGGGCAGAGCAUGUCCGGCAUAGCAGCCUGACUUUUAUGCCCUGGUUUUAAGUUGAGGAAAUAUAUGCACAGGAGUCAAAGAGAUGUCUUUAUAUCUGACUGUACAUAAAUGAAGUUUUCUUUUUCCUUUUUGGUGCAAUAAAGUUUGUUUUGGCAGAAGGA